AUGCAUUUCGUGGCGCUAUUGUUUGUGGUAUUGAGAAUAACCGUUACAUGCCAGAGUAAGAAACUGUUUGGCUUCGAGUUCCAUGCGCAGCACAACCAGCAGGACGAUGUGCUAGCAACAACAGCAGCAACAGAUCCAGUAACCAUGACAACAGAGGCAGGACCCACAUUCAGGCCAACGCCCUCACCGAACCGUGAUAUUACCCUAGGGCCGUGUAAAUGGGUCAUUGGACGCCAAUGUCCUGACGCCGAUGUCAAGUUCUAUAUUUAUACGCGUCAGAAUUCGAUGGAUCGGCAAUGUCUGCAUAUAGACACCACACUGGAACAGUCCAACUUAACCUCCUCGUUCUUUAAUCCAGAGCAUCCCACAAAGAUUAUCAUUCAUGGCUAUAACUCGGAUAUGUUCUUACAUCCGCUGCAGAAAAUGCGCGAGGAGUACCUGGCCAAGGAUGAGUACAACAUCAUUUAUGUGGACUGGAGCGUGCUGUCGCCGGGCCCCUGUUAUGUGAGCGCCGUGCACAAUACCCGGCAUACAGGAGCUUGUGUGGCCCAGCUGGUGGAGCGUCUGGUAGACACUGGCAACAUGGACAUACACAUUAUUGGCUUCUCAUUGGGUGCUCAGCUGCCCAAUUAUGUGGCGCGUAACUUGGCAUCGUUUACGCUGCCGCGCAUUACGGGCCUGGAUCCGGCCAUGCCUCUCUUCAUCACCGCCAGCAUCAAUGACAAGCUGGACGCGAGCGAUGCGGUGUAUGUGGAUGUCAUACACACCAAUGCACUGGUCCAAGGGAAACUGGAGCGUUGUGGACACGCCGAUUUCUAUAUGAAUGGCGGCAUUAUGCAACCGGGCUGCAAUGGACAAACAAUUAAUGCCUUUGCCUGCAGUCAUCAGCGUGCACCCGCCUAUUUUCUGGAAUCCAUACGCUCUCCGAAGGGUUUUUGGGGCUGGGCCUGCAGUGGCUAUAUUCCGUAUCUGCUGGGCAUGUGUCCGCCCACAAAUUAUCUGCUCGAAGCGGGUGAUAAUAUUCGUCGCACCACACGCGGCAUGUUUUUGGUUAGCACCAACGAUACCGCACCAUAUGCGCUCGGCAAGUGGACCGACUUACCUACGCUGGGGGCCAAGAAACACCAAAAACACAGCAUGGCGAUGAAAUUGCAGCCACCUCGUCAAGGUGUCGAUCCACUGCUGCAGCACAUCGAUCAGUUCGGCAAAUUGACAUCAAAUUUUAACAAUUUGGCGCCUAUGCCCUAUGCCUCUGAUCCCUACGAGCACUGGACUUACUUCAGUGAGUCGGAAUUGGAGAACAAUGAUGAGGAUGAGUCGGUUGAGGAGCAGGAGCCUGUCGAGCUCGUUGACACAGGCGUAUUAUAUGAGAAGCUGAACGCGCCCCACCAUAACAAGGUUAUUUGGCGUGAGUACAGACGCAACUUAACGGAUGGUUAUAUAGACAAUAACAUAUUCCAAAUGCCCAACGUGAAUUAGUUGUAAAUGUAAAGUGCAGCCCAGUA